GGCAAACUUCCUCCUCGGCGCUGCUUCUAAUGGAGACCCACCUGCUCGGGCUGCUCCUCGGCCUCCUGCUCGGUGGCACCAGGGUCCUCGCCGGCUACCCAAUUUGGUGGUCCCUGGCCCUGGGCCCGCAGUACUCCUCUCUGGGCUCGCAGCCCCUGCUCUGCGGCUCCAUCCCGGGCCUCGUCCCCAAGCAGCUCCGCUUCUGCCGAAAUUACAUCGAGAUCAUGCCCAGCGUGGCCGAGGGCGUGAAGCUGGGCAUCCAGGAGUGCCAGCACCAGUUCCGGGGCCGCCGCUGGAACUGCACCACCAUAGAUGACAGCCUGGCCAUCUUUGGGCCUGUCCUGGACAAAGCCACCCGUGAGUCGGCCUUCGUGCACGCCAUCGCCUCGGCUGGCGUGGCCUUUGCGGUCACGCGCUCCUGCGCCGAGGGCACCUCCACCAUCUGUGGCUGCGACUCGCACCAUAAGGGGCCACCUGGCGAAGGCUGGAAGUGGGGCGGCUGCAGCGAGGACGCAGACUUCGGGGUGCUGGUGUCCAGGGAGUUUGCGGAUGCUCGCGAGAACAGGCCGGAUGCGCGCUCGGCCAUGAACAAACACAACAACGAGGCAGGACGCACGACCAUCCUGGACCACAUGCACCUCAAGUGCAAAUGCCACGGGCUGUCAGGCAGCUGCGAGGUGAAGACCUGCUGGUGGGCCCAGCCUGACUUCCGGGCCAUUGGCGACUUCCUCAAAGACAAGUAUGACAGCGCCUCAGAGAUGGUGGUGGAGAAGCACCGCGAGUCCCGGGGCUGGGUGGAGACGCUGCGGGCCAAGUACGCACUCUUCAAGCCGCCCACCGAGAGAGACCUGGUCUACUACGAGAACUCUCCUAACUUCUGUGAGCCCAACCCAGAGACGGGCUCCUUUGGCACCAGGGACCGGACUUGCAAUGUCACCUCCCACGGCAUUGAUGGCUGCGAUCUGCUCUGCUGUGGCCGCGGCCACAACACGCGGACGGAGAAGCGGAGGGAGAAGUGCCACUGCAUCUUCCACUGGUGCUGCUACGUGAGCUGCCAGGAGUGCGUCCGCAUCUACGACGUGCACACCUGCAAGUAGGGCGCCAGGGCACUGGGCAGGGAUAGAGUGUGUGGCUGGACAGAUUCACCGAAGUCCCAUGGGAAGCAGGACCCAGAGCCAAGCCAGCCCUUGGCACCCGCCAGCAAGGAACGCAGACUGCUGCCAGCCGCAUGUGAUCAAUGACCUGGACCCAGCAGCCUCGGACGGGACGCACCUCCUCCUUCACCUAACGUUUCUCACCCUGCUCCGGAUGGUGUGUGGCUUUCACAGUGGGGCUUUCUUUUUGGUUCUCCAGGGUCUGUUAGGAACAGACCUGAGGCUUACCUUUGCACAUGUUAAAGGAAAUAAAAAUGAAAAAAUAUAUUCUACUGCAACAGAGCAGGCUGGGCUGAUGCGAGCUCUUGGCCUGGUGGGAAAGACACGAGUGUGAACAAGAUUCUGUCUCCAGGCUGCUUCCACUGGUGACAUCCCGAGAUGCCAGUGAGGUGGGAGUUGUGAAGCAGGCCAGAGCCCUGCAGCCUCCUUUCGGCCCCUCUAUUCCUAUUUAAGUUGGACACACUUUCCCAUUCUGACAAAAGCCAUAGGUGUAGCUGGGAGGAGGCUGGCGUGGGGGUUGUCAGGGUCACUGAUGGAGGUGUGUGCGGAAUGGCCAACUUCUUCCUAGUCUCAUUCUCUCUGCAAUCCUGCUCUGCUCGUAGGAGACAGUCAGAUAUCAACAUUCUGCAGCUCACACCGGAAAAGACGCGUGUCAUGGUGGACCUUGUAAAUAAGUUAGGCAUGAAGGCACAUCUCCAGCUUGAACCACUGCCUGUAGAAGGCAGGGGUGUCUUUGGAAAGGGCAGUUCCAUCUUUGCCAGCGGUGCGGAUUCCGCGAGCCUCUCCAGGGAGGGCAGCUGGACUCUAGGUUGGUCACCUUGGAGUUUACCAGACAGCAGCAGUGAGAAAGCAACAUCUCUGUUGCAAUUCCAAUUUUGUGAGUAGUGGGUGGGGUGGUGAAAACAAUCCUUGUUUCCCCUGAAUUAUAUGGGUGGGGCUCCCUGCAUCCUUUUCUCCCUUUGGCCUGUGUGAAUAAGCAGCCACAGUCCUUUACUUAGCAGAGCCCCUCCCCCACCUGUGUCAGACAGCCUCCACCCAUGCAGUUCCCAGGGGUUGUGAUUAGAUGUUCCAAGGAGGCACCCGGGGUGAGAGAAGCAGUUCCUGAUGCACACUGGUCUUGUCCAGUGUCCUGCAGGGGGCUAGCCUAAUGGGCAUGACAGUACAAAGCAAUCAACCAACUUUGUCUUAAGGAGAAUCAAAAAAAAUCAAAAAGAGGAGAUGUUAACAGAGAGAGAGAACAGAACAAAGAGUUGCCAUUCCUACUGCCCUUCUGCCCGGGGCCUGCUUCACCAUGACCAGGGUCAGCCACUCUCUGGUUCGUGCAGGCGGCUUGCCAAACCAGCCAUCCAGCCUCUGGCCACAAGCGCUGCUCAAGAUACAUCCCCAGACCCUGCUAGUAUUUGAAAUGCCCCUUCCCAUCUCACCUUAGAGAAGUUUGAAAUCAUGUUGACCAGAGAAUGCUUGUUUUAUGUAAGAACCCUUCAGCAGAAUGGAUACAAAAACUAUAAAGUCCUUUCAUAUCUAUGUAUGCUAUAUUAAAGUGAUAAAGUCAUGUUUCUGGGGCGUUUUCAAGUA